AUGGACAAAGUGUUGCUCAAAUAUACUGAAUACAACGAACCACAUGAAAGUCGUACAAAUUCGGACAUAAUGGAGGCUCUCCAACGAAAGGAGUCCAAGCAUGGCGGUGGUGGCGAUUCAGAUGACGAUAGUCCUGGUCCAUCUACACCGAUGAACGGUCACGCAUCAGUCAACGUCAACGAUCAACAACCACCUACAGUUGCACCUCAACCGCCAGCUGCUGCCAUUCAUCCGCUCUACACCAAUCUCUUCCUUCAUCCCCAGUACCGUCCUCGCCCUGAACCCACCAAACAACACAUCGAUUUCCCCACUACUAGUUCAUUUCCGUACGAAUCCACAAAUGCACCGUCACUACAGCAACAUCCUUUAGCUGCUGCAGAUGCUGAUUGUGAACUGGUAGCGCCACGGUCCACAGCUGAUCAGCCAUUGUGGGCCGCUGCGCUACAGCAUAAACCGCCACAACAGCAACAGCAGCAGCAACAACAGCAGCAACAGCAACAACAACAGCAAUCCCCGUAUGUGAAGUUAGAACCGCAUAGUCCACCGGAAAAACGGCAACGUUUAGCCACUGCUGCAUCCGAUUGGCGACCACAGCAGCUGACAUGA